GCAGAAACAGAAACAACAAGAAGUGCGUUAUGUGACCCUGUUCAAGAUGAAAUUACUGUUUCUCACUCUUUUCUUUGGGAACUUUUGCACAUUUUCAGCAUCAUCUGAUCCAAAAAUAAACUGCCUCAUCAUAAAUCUGGACUAUGUGAACUGCACAUGGAGCGAACAUCAGUACAAUUACAGUCUCAAGGGCGGGUUUUCAUAUUUUGACAUCGAAGACUGUCCUGAAUAUGAGACAGCAAAUGGUGUUAAUGUGGCCUGCAUGCUCCCCUACAAAGAAAGAACACAACGCUUUAAUACAUUGAAAACAAGCCUGUACCGUGACGAUGGCAGUUUGGUGACGGAACAGGAACAUAUGCUGAAAGAAUAUGUGAAGCUUAACCCUCCGACCAACCUGUCUGUGGUGGAGAAAAAAGAUGCUGAACUGUGGCUUUACUGGAAUGUUACGAAGAACGACAAUUGCAUUGAGAGCGAAGUUCGUUACAGGACUGACCAGAACAAUUGGAAGGACACCACUCCAGGCGUCAGGACCACAUACAGUUUGCCCUUUCCUUCAAACAAACAGUACAAGUUUCAGGUCAGGGCUCGGAUAACCUCAUCCUGCGGCCAGUCCAAGUUCUGGAGCGAGUGGAGCGAGUCUGUGACAUGGGGAACUGAGAAAGCCUUCAAUGACACAGUUUUUUCUCCGGAGAGUUUGGGUUCCAUGUCUGUGACGUCACUGGUCUUGUAUGCUGUGGGAGCAACAAUUCUACUCGUCAUACUCUCCUGCCUGCUCGUCCACAGUGAAAGGUUAAGGAUAAUUUUAAUACCAGUGGUACCAAAUGCAGGACGGAAUGUAAGCAAUUAUCUUGCGGCCCUUUUUGACAACUAUGACGGCAAUGUUGAAAAAUGGCUGUCCAUGCCUAAAGAUCUGGAGAAUGGUUUCAAACCCAAUUUUACAGAGCGCGCCUGCCCUGUUCGUGAGUACAAGAUCUUUUCCCAGUCCAGCAGUGAUAGUGAGAGCAUCCUCUCCAACCCAACAGACGUAUCAUCUGAUUACCAAAGCAUGCACAGAUAUUCAUCAGCCUCAACAAUACCCGGAUCUGCUGAACCCCUGCAAACCCAAAAUCCUUCUCAAGUAGACAAUCCUGUCUAA